GUUCGACUCCCCCACAAUACCCAAAACAAUUGGUAAAUUUCAAAAACUUUUUUCUUCUAUUCCCAAAUCACACAUUGAAGAAACAAGACCUAGAUUCUAUCAGCGCCAAAUCUUCCCGGGUUCUGUUAAUUUUCCCUCUACAAUUUUUGAGUAUCCCCAAAUCUUCUAUCUGCAAUUUUCGAGAUUAGUACCCAUAUGGCAACAUACCCAGAUGACUUUCCCUCUAAUCCUAUUCACUCCAUCAAACCUAAUAUUCAUCGCUGUUGGCAGAAAAGAAAAAAACAUGCGUUUUCUCUCUUUGAUGAUAUGAACACACAUUAUCCAUCCAUCACUAAUGUCUUCGUCUUUUUCAUAGUCUUCUUCCGCUAUUCUUAAGUGGUUCUGCUAUUGCUAGAGCUCCGGGUUACCUCCGCUUUGAAUACGCAAAGUUCCCUUGUCAAAAGUAAUCUUCUGACUUCAGCAUUUACGAAAUGACAUAAGUUAACCGGCUUUAAGUCCUGUUUUGCCUGGAUUUCUGAAAUUUUUAUUGCUUGAUUGGAGCUAGAAUGGAUAGAGCUUGGAUCAAAAUGGAUAGAAGAUCACCCGAGUAUGAAGUUGAGCUUGCAUGACAAUCUACAUGAGACAUCUAUGCUCAUCAUUAAAGAAAGACAAUAAGAAGGACUUGUAUGGAUUUGCGGAUCCAUCUUCCUUCUCUCAUGAUUCUGGAAAACGAGAUGAUAGAUCCUAUGCAUUGUCAGUAAGAUUAGAGAAAGGCAAGGAACAACAAUUAAUUUUUGCUCCUUACAAUUUUGGGUUCCAUUGGGUUUUGGCUGUAAUUAAUCCUUACAGUGAUAUGGUGUAUUACUUGGACUCUCUCAAUCCCGAUGACUUAGACCAUGGAUUAAAGGGUGUUAUAGACGUCGCUCUAAGGAUGUUUAAUGCCCAAAAAGGAAGGAAUCGGAAAAAUGCUAUUUGGAAAAUCAUACAGUGCCCUACUCAAGCUGGAAAAGUGGAAUGCGGAUAUUAUGUAAUGAGGUUCAUGAAAGCAAUCAUUGAAGAUCCAACCAUAUUAACUAGAAGCAAGUUCAACAACCAAACUUACAAUCAAGAAGAGAUAGAUGAUGUUCGAGUAGAAUGGGCUGACCUUGUUGAAACAUUACUCCAAGAUGAUGAAGAAUAGUUUGGUUAGCAUAUUUUGCCAAGUAUAUAUUAAGCUGAGUUUUUGUGCAUGCCUAUGUGAAGCUUUAGAUCAGCUAGCUUUUUGUAAGCACUAGAAGUACAUAUGUAAUAUAAUCUCACCGAGACUCGUGGUUGGUAAUGUGUAUUUUGGAUGCCUUGAGAUUUGGGAUAAUUUGUACACAUUACUUGGAAUCUUCAUGGCAAAA